AUGGCAGAUGAACGUGAUAUAAAUACAGACUUUUUAUUGGUUUUACUUUGUGAUAUGCUUAAUGCUUAUUCUCAAUUGAAAGUUAUUCUUAUGUCUGCAACGAUUGAUGUAACGUUAUUUCGUCAAUAUUUUUUUAAUUGUUCAAUAGUAGAAAUUGAAGGGCGAACAUUUGGUGUUCGAGAAUAUUUUCUUGAAGAUAUGAUUCAAUUACUUAAUUUUCAACCAAUGAAUUCAUUAACAAGUCGAAAACAAAAUAAUAAAAAUCGACAAUUACAAGAUGAUGAUGACGAUCUUGGAUAUGAAGAUUCACAAGCAGAUGAUAUUGAGGAUGUUAAUUGUAAUGCCAUAUGUGGCAAAGAAUAUUCUCGACAAACAGCAGCAGCAAUGAGUCAAUUAAGUGAAAAAUCACUUUCAUUUCAACUAAUUGAAGCAUUAAUAAGUUAUAUCUGUAGUUUGAGUGAUGAUGGAGCUAUAUUAAUAUUUUUACCUGGAUGGAAUUUAAUUCAAGCAUUACUUAAAUAUUUUCAACAACAUCCAAGAUUUAGUAAAUUAUUUACAUUACCAAGUGCACCACAAACACCAUCAACAAAACUUAAACGUUCACAAUCAAUGAAUACAAAUCGUCAAGAAAUACCCGUUGGUCAAUCUGUUGCCAGUGUAACACGACCUUCACCAGGUUUUAUGGUUACAUUUGAUACACCUGAGGAAUUUACAAAUCAUGAUAUUGAAGAAUUAAAUAUACAACUUGAAAAAAAAUUAUUACCAACCGAUAGUGGUAGUCAUUUAUCACGUUGA